GUCAUUACUAUCAAAUGACCUCAGUCCACCUUAGUGGUCCUAAAAACCCUUGCUUUUCCAACCAUCAUUAUGUGCUAUCGAUUCGUUAUUUUUGUUGUAGUACAAACUCUCUCCCAGAAGUCGUGGGGCUCGACGAAGAACCGAAAAAUACAGUGACAUCAGCCCACGUCAGCAUGACUUCUUACUAGUCUAUACAAUACGAACAAGAGUUUCAUGUUUGAAAAUGUGUCCCUCCAAGUAUUCCCGGAAUUGACAAAAAUCAUAUUCAGAAGAAUAAAGAAGAACCAUGCCCUAUGC